AUGUUUAUAUUGUCAGAAUUAAGUGAUUUAGUUCGUAUACCGCCACAUACAUUCAAUAUACCCAUCCAACAUUCUAUAACUGAUGAAUUGAAUAAAAAAUUCGCCAAUAAAGUCAUAUCAAAUCUUGGUUUAGUGGUUACUAUCUGGGAUUUAUUAGAUAUCAAAGAUGGAUUAUUAAAACCUGGUGAUGGAGGUUCAUAUGUUGAAGUUCAAUUUAGAUGUAUAGUUUGGAAACCGUUCAUCGGAGAGAUAUUAGUAGGAUGGGUCAGUGAUUGUUCAGCAGAGGGGAUUAAAGUUCGAUUAGAUUUCUUUGAUGAAAUUUGGAUUCCAAAAUCUUAUAUUUUUGAAAAUUGUGAAUUUAAGCAAGUUGAAAAAGCUUGGGUUUGGAGACCUGAUGAAGAUACUGAGUUCUUUAUCGAUAUAAAUGAAAAGAUUAGAUUCAGAGUUGAAGAAGAAAUAUUUGUUAAUAUAAAGCCUCAAUCUAGUAGUGAAGCUUCUGGUUUAGAAGAACCAACAAAUAAAGCUCCUCCUUAUGCUUUAUUAGCUUCUUGUCAAACAGAUGGUAUGGGUUGUUUAUCAUGGUGGGAUUAA